ACCCUCUUUUUUAAAUGUAUGGUUUUAGAUAUGGAUAUUAGAUACAGGUUCAAUCAUAAAACCAGUUAUUUUACACAUCCUCUAAAAAGUGCGAGCCAAAACAAUUGGAAUCGGAAAACCCGCCGCUCACUUCCCUCAGUCGCAAAAAUCAGUCACCCCGCCGCUCCAUCGCCAACAAACCGCCGCUUGUAGCCGUACGCCGCCUCAGUUAACUGUUGCAGACGCCGCCUCAGUUAACUGUUGCAAACGCCGCCGCAGGGUUUCAGCGUUACAGUAAUGCCUCGAAAGCCUAGAAGGCAUCAACAACUCAAAUCUUGGCCGAUUACAUUUUCCCCUUUUGCUCGUGCUCUUGCUCAUACGAUGCCGAAGCGUCGUUCCGAAUCUGUUGAGAACCCUACCCCUUCCUCUGCUAGUAAUGGAUCCACUAAGCAUCCUUUAGAAGAGAGAUUGGAAGUGGAAGGAUCCGAGUCGUCUGAUGGGGAGUUUGAUGGAGUUGUCCAAGCGGAUUUUGCGUUUUUUGAUCCUAAAUCCAAUGAUUUCCAUGGAGUUAAGACCUUGCUGCAAACUUACCUGGAUGUUGAAGAAUGGGAUUUGAGUGGAUUUGUAGAUUUGAUUUUGGAACAGACCACUGUAGGGACUGUUGUGAAGGUAGAGGAUGAUGAGGAUGAAGGGGUUUUCGCCCUUGCUACCGCUCUUAAUCUAUGGAGAUAUAGGGAGCAUAGAUGUAUUAUCCAACUCAAGGAAUUUCUCCUCCAUAAAGUAUGCCAAGAGAAGCACAUUGCUGAUCAGUUGAGAUUACUUUUGGGAGAACAAGCACAUAAUGUGGGUCUCCUUGUAUCACAGCGUGUGGUGAACCUUCCUCCUCAGCUUUUACCACAUCUCUAUGAUUCUCUUUUUAAUGAAGUGUCAUGGGCCACGGAAGAUGAGCCAACAGAGGACCUCCGAAAUUCCUUCCGGUUUAAGCAUUAUGUAAUACUAAGCAAAAUUUACAAGCACAAGAAUGCAGAACAAAAAAGAAAACAGAGCGAUGAUAGCGAUGAGGCGAUAAUAUAUGUUAAGCCUGAGGAUGAAAUUUUUCACAAGUUAAGCUCGUGGUCCUUCUGUUUUCCUUUACGCACCCAGCAGCCUGCACCUCACGAGCUAAAGAGUUACAGAUCAAUGGGAUUAAUCAUGGCUGUUGAGGCAGACAAAAUUCCAGCAUUUCGACAAGAAUUAGGUUCUUUAAUAAAUGAAAGCUAAAGGCAACUAUAAGGUGUUUGAGAUGCCAAGUUUUGGGAUUUUUUUAAUUUAUUUUUUUGUGGUCUUUUUUGUUUUGCAAUGACAAUUGACAAGAUUUUGAAAAUCACCUUUCCCUGUCAUUACUUUCUACGUUUUAAGUUUCUCAAUUGUUAGAUCCUUAUGAAACAUGCAAAAUAGUUUAUACUUUGAUGAAAGUGGUUGAACUUUAGAAAUUGUAAAACAUUUGUAACUUAUUUAUUUAUAAAGUAGUAGUAGCAGUGUCA